AUGGACUGCGCUUCAUCAACUCCUGCUACAUCCAUAGCUUCUUUUCCCCAAGAGAUAAUCCUCAAAAUUCUCACAUGUCUCCCUCCCAAAUCUGCACUCUCUUUCAAGUGCACUUCUAAAUUCUUCCAUUCUUUUAUCCCUCACCCGCACUUCGCCUUUAGAAUCCUCUUCUCCUUAGAAUCCACAAAUCAUCUGUACACUGUGGGCUACACUACUGAAGAGACCCAUGGAAGCCUCCAACCCACCACUCUCCAAUGCUCAGCAGCAGAAGGAGAUGGCAAGCUUUGCAGAUGGCGACUGGCUGGUUCAAGCUUUGCAGAUGGCAAGCUUUGUCUGUUACACAAAAAUGGAGAGACCACUAUCUUGGACCUUAGUACAAGACAACAUAUUUCUCUUCUCUCCCCAAUUGUGGAGUCAGAGCCUGGGUGUGGGUACCUAUGGACAAAUAUGCUUUCCGGUUCAGCCCUGGGUUUUGAUCCGGUGUCGGAAAGGUACAAGGUUUUGAGGUCAGAAUUAUACGGUAAUAAUACCCACAACUAUUAUCACGGUGUGUUGAAGGUUUCAACUCUUGGGGUGGAUAAUGAAUCAUGGAGGACGGUGACUACAGAAAACUCCUUCCUCCCUUGCAAGCCCAUGGCUAGUGUUCAAAUUGAUGGUAUUAUCUAUUUGAUAAAUUUUAAGAUAAAUUCCAGGGAUGAACAAGAAAUAGCUGUAUUUGAUAUUGAGACCGAGAAUUUAAUUAGGGUGAUAUCUUUUCCCUAUACGUUUCAACACUCAACGAGGUAUUAUUCAUCAUGGGUGAAAUUAAAUGGUCGACUAGCUUAUAUUUAUAUUUAUGUUGAUGUAAAAGAAAGGGCCCAGAUAUUUGUUUGUACAUUGGAGAAAUCAAUGGGACCGGGGUGGGACAAACAUGAAGUUCCUCUUACAUUAGAAGAGGCUAAAAUCAUUAGCCAAGCUAAAUCAGUGAGCUUUACAACCAGUAGUAUUGGGGAAAUUGUGUUCUUGAUUCGAGGUGCGAGUUUGCCUCUUUCAAUUUUAAUUUAUGCAUGUGGAACACAAGUAUGGAGAAAGUUUGAGAUUUGUGGACUUCCUGGUUAUUCACCUUAUGAAAAUUUGAGAAAGAUUAUUGUGCAUGUUAUUGAAGAAAAAGUAUAUUUUUCUGAAUGA